UUCGUUCCACCGACGAGGCCAUCAAACGGACGUUAAUUACACUGCGUUGUGUUUUGCUGCGGAAAGUUCAUUGUCAAGAACACGUUCGUUGGAUUUUGCACUGGGAACAAUUAGUACGAUUAGUAUGGCCUCUUUUGUACACGUUUUACUAUUUGUGACCUUUGUGGCCGUGACAUCCGCGCGGCAAUGGCCGAGUGGUUGUAUACCCGAAAUUCCCACGGUACCCCACAUCGAUCCAGAAGCGAGAGCGGGACAAUGGUACAACUACAUGUACCUAGGAGAGCAUCCGCCGCGCGUCAACGACGCCCUGCACUCCGCCAAGAUCGGGAAGGGCGUGGUGCCGGGCACCCGUACCAAGGCCAUGGUGGCCAAUGUGCAGAUCACCUGGUGGACGCCGGAUUAUAAGACCUGUGCCGGACAGUAUGCGCAGACCUACGUCACCAAGGACGGACGGGAGGUGAUGGUGGUGUACAACUAUGAUUCACCACAGCCGUUGAGUCUGACCUCGUAUGCCUUCGCGGAGAAUUACACGCAUUGGCAGUUGCGCUUCUUCUGCUUGGAGAAGGACGUCCAAACCAACCUGUGCAAAAACUCCAACUUCUUCUUCAACACCCGCCAGCGUCCCGACACGCUGCCGCCGGCGGUGCUGGCCGAGUACCGCGCCGCCGUGGACCGUGUCCUGCAGCCCUAUUGCCUGUCCACCAACGAUUUCCUGACCGAGACAUGGACCACGCAGUAUCCGGUCUGCGCACCGAAUCCCUCGCAAUGCUAUAGCGACCUUAUUAACGGCUUAGCCGCACAGUUUGGAGGCAGUGGAUAGUACUCUGUAAAUGCUACCGAAUGAAGAGAACACUGUUUUUGACGGGUUUAUCUUUUUUUCUCGAACGUGUGUACAGUAAAUGUUUUCUACUUUCGAAGGUUAUGCAGAAGUAUCAAGCAGAUCUUCGCAGUGAAUCUGCACGUUAUUGCAACUGUUUCACCGUGAGACACGGUCACGAUUGGUAUUAAGAAAAAGUACAGCAAUCAU